GGCUCUGCGUGAUGAGCGGUGCGGCCAUCUUCACAGUGAGGCACACGGACUGGCACGAAGCCUCGGAAAACACCUCCUACGGCUUCGCCUAUAUCCUGGCGUGGCUGGCCUUCCCCCUGGCCCUCGCCAGCGGCAUCGUCUACGUCAUCCUACGGAAGCGGGAGUGAUGCCGCGGGAGGCGGCGUGGCGUGACAAGGGCACUCAUGACGUCCACGGAGGAGACAGAGGCGGGGGAAAAUAGACGAGAAAACCGAGAAGAAAAUUAACCAAAAAAAA